UCUCCCCCCGGCCCCCAGCCCCCCCGUCCCGUCCCUUCCCGCCGCCCCCCCGCUCCGGCCACCAUGAACACCAACGUGUGCGUGGAGAGCGGCCCCAACCCCGAGGCGCCGGGGCUGCCCAAGGACAGCCACCUGCCCGAGGGGGCCCUCAACAGCCUUGUGGAUUACAACUCGGAGAUGGAGAGGUACCGCUCCUUCGCCACCUUCUACAAGACCAACGGCGGCGCCUUCCCCCAGGCGGCCAAGAUCGCCCGCAUCACCACCCCCAUCUUCCCCAGCGCGGCCGCCGCCGCCGCCGCCCGCAUCGGCAUGUCCCCCUGGAACUGCGACACCGCCACGGCCGCCGCCGCCACCGCCAUGCUCUGGGGCAGCGGCGGCGGCGGCGGCGCGGCGGGCGGCGCGAGGAAACCCUCCUCCUCCUCCUCCGCCGCCGCCGCCGCCGCCUCCGCGGCCGCCGCCGCCGCCUCCUCGCUGCACGCCGGCAGGGGCGGCAUGCACCACCGGAGCGACUCGCAGCGGCUGGGCAAGCCCGGCUGCCCGCCGGCCGAGCAGCCCGCCCUGCCCAUGGCCAACGGCAACUUCCUCUCCACCCUCGCCCCCGAGCACUGCCGGCCGCUGGCCGGCGAGUGCAUGAACAAGCUCAAGUGCGGCGCCGCCGAAGCCGAGAUCAUGAACCUCCCCGACCGCGUCGGCACCUUCUCGGCCAUCCCGGCGCUGGGCGGCCUCUCUCUGCCCCCCGGGGUCAUCGUCAUGACGGCCCUGCACUCCCCCGCCGCGGCCUCGGCCGCCGUCACAGACAGCGCCUUCCAGAUCGCCAACCUGGCGGACUGCCCGCAGAGCCACGCCUCGGCCUCGCCCGCCUCCGCCCUGGGCGCCGCCGCCGGCGCGGGGGGCGGCGGAGGCGGAGGCGGUGGCGGCGGAGGCGGAGGGGGGGCCGGUGGCACCGGCGGCGGGGCCGGGGCCGGGGCGGGCAACCCCGCCAAGAAGAAGCGGAAACGCUGCGGGGUGUGCGUACCCUGCAAGCGGCUCAUCAACUGUGGAGUCUGCAGCAGUUGCAGGAACCGCAAAACGGGACACCAGAUCUGCAAAUUUAGGAAAUGUGAAGAGCUUAAGAAAAAACCGGGCACUUCGUUAGAGGUCAGAGGAGAUGAUUUCUUUUUCCCCAGCCUCCCGCCAUCCCUCCUCAACCCCCUGCCCCCGCCCCUCCAGUGCUUCUUGUCUAGCUUCAAGAUGCAGCAUCCCUUCUCCGAGGCCUCCUUCAGGCUCUGAGGGAGCCCCCGCCGCGGGCGCGGCUCCCCGCGGCGCGG